ACUAAACAAUACAAUGCACAUGCAUCGUUGCAAUGUUUUAUUAAUUUUAUUAUUAAGUUAAAAUAGAAUUUAACUGAUGAAAAUUUUUAAUUCUGCACAAAAAAAAGAAAUAAGUCGUAAUAUAAGUCGUGUAUAAAACAUCUGCCGUAUAAAAAAUUUCCAGAUAAAAAUGGAAGAAAGUGGAAAGUUGGGAGAUAUUGUUAUCGAAAAUAAGGAAAAUUUAAGAAAAAAAAAAAUCAUAGAAACCAAACUAGGGGUAGAUUGUAAGUUUUUGGUAGGCAAAGAACCAAAUCAGAAAAUAUUUUCUGGGCAUAAAAUUAUCUUGGCCAUUGCUUCCCCUACUUUUGAAAGUUAUUUCUGUGGAAACUUGCCUCCAGAAGACGUAAUAAAAGUGCCAGAUGUUGAUCCGCACAUAUUUCAAAUGAUGAUGGAUUACAUUUAUUUAGAUGAGAUCAAAAUUUUGGAUAUAGACGAUUCAAUUGAUUUGUUAUAUGUCGCUAAAAAAUAUUUCAUUACACCUCUGGUAAAGUUAUGUACAGAUUACCUGCUUCGAAACUUAAAUCCAUCUAAUGUUUGUAAAAUAUUUGAAUAUGUUUGUUUAUUUGAUGAAGCUGAUUUAAAAAAUUUUUGUCUGCAAUUUAUAUCUGCCAGAACUAAAACAAUUCUUCUUGACGAAAAAUUUUUAGAAGUUAAACCCACUACACUUUUUGACAUUUUCAGCUUAAGUCGAUUAAAUAUUGAUUCGGAAUUGGAUUUGUGGAAUGCUUUAAAUAACUACGUAAUUAAUAAUGAUUAUAUUGCACCACUGGAACAAAACGAAUUAAAAAAAAGUAAUUUAGAAAAAUCUGCAAAAAUAAAUUUUGAAGAUAAUAAAAUUUUGGCUAAUGGUGUUGUUAAAGAAAAUAACAAAGAUGUUGUAAGUAAUGAAGAAAAUUUAGAAAAAUCUGAACAAGAUGGAAAUAUUGUGAAAAAUGCUAUAAAACCAGCAAAUGUCGAAAAAAAUUAUAAAAACUUUGUAAUUUUGAAGCAAGCUGCUGAAAAUAUUAGAUUUUUGACACUAACUCCGCAAGAAUUUUCUAGCAUGUGCAUACUUCCUGAAAUUAUGAACGAUUCAGAGGCACUUGCUUUGCUUAUGAAAAUUUGUAAUCCAAAUUGUUCUCGUUCGUUUCCGAAAGGCUUCUCUAUUUUUACGACUAAACGAAAUGCUCCACUGGCGCUACAAACUAAUAUUCAAGUUCAAAAUACAUUCACGCAAACCAAUACUUUAUAUAACGAUGGAUGGAAUAAUGCACUUGGGCAGAAUUCUCGCUCAUUCGGUGCGACAAACUGUACUUAUUGUGGACGACAAAUUUGUGAAUCUUCAAAAAGAUAUGAUAGUGUUGAAUUAUAUAAAAAACAUUUAUUGAUAUCCUUAGUUAAAGCAAAAUGUAUAAACAUAAGGGAUAAACCAAAAUACCAAAUGUGUUUUAAUGUUGAUGAGACUAUAUAUCUAACAGGAGUGGUCCUUCCUACACAAAUGUCGGAACUUAAAAGUGAUUAUAUUGAAUGUUUAAGAAUUUGUGUGUUAGGUGAUCAAGACCAAAUUCUAGGCCAUACCAAUUUCACAAAAAAAUUACCGUACAGUUCGUUUUUUUCUGUAUUAUUUCCUGUAAGGGUGCCUAUAGACACAAAAAUGAUUUAUAAAAUUGAGAUUUCAUAUUAUACCAAUGGACGUUACCCGAUGUACUCAAGUUUUAACGAGGCUCAAUAUAACAAUGUAAACUUUUUGUUUUUCAUCGAGUUGGAAGAUAAUCCUUUAAGAGCAGGUUUGAUAAGAAAAAUCUUGUUUGAAACUUAAAAAAUGGAGAAGGCAUCUGUACAAAAAAAAAACAAUUAAAAACUCAUAAAAAGAUUUAUUUUGAGUUAUCAACGAAUUAAUGAUUGAAAAAAAUUAUUUGUAUCGUUAAACAAAUAGAGUAAAAAUCAGCUUAUAAAUGUGUUAAAUGUUGACGUACUACACAAAAUAACAUAUGUAAGGUUUUGUUAAUUAGUUUAAUCUGAAUAAAACCUGUAUGUGUGUAUAUUUAA